AAAACAUUCCCUUAUGUUUCCAAAAACAUUUCCCUUCCUUAAUCUUCCUUAACCAGAGCGGGUUGUAUAAGCACAAACCCUAAUUCCUUUUCUCUCUUCCGCCUCCACGAUCUCUCUUCUCCCUCGUCAUCCCCGUCUCUCCCGUUCGCAAAGGUAACGCCGCCGUCGGUGUUUGCGGUACCGAUAACGUCGUUCUCGGCGUCGAGAAGAAAUCCACCGCCAAACUCCAAGACUCUAGGUUGUGGUUUAUGAAUCGUUGUCGAUUUGUUGAUGUUACCACCGUAAAGCAACUUGCGUGCCAAGUGUUCGUGAGGUGUGCUUUGAAGAUUUCCUGUGAUUUGAAGUCAAUAGCAACAUGGGAAGUUGAUGGAAUUGGCUUAGCAACAGGAGUUCUUGUCUCCAUGUAUCUUCUUUUUGCCUUUCCGGUAACAUCUGUUUUGUGUAUUCUCAACUGGUUUGAUAUUCCCCUCUUGUCUCUUGUCUCAAAGUUGUAUGAGAUCUGUGCUGCAAAUCAUUGGAAGCCUCCUGUGUUUGAAUGUUGUAAAGAGGAAGGACCAUGUCAUUGCAGAAUGACUUUGAAGCUCGCCACACCUACAUGAUACUUGCUAACUAAAAGCCUUGUGUGAAGUGCAAGUGACAUUUCGCAGCAAUUAUACGUAUUUCUCAAUAAUUGUUGUCGCUGCAAAAAUUUAAUUUUCUUGUAGUGUGUUGUAAAAACAUAAUUAUUUGUAAUGAUUUUGAUUGAUCACUCAUUUGAGCAGCAACCCUUUGGCAUAGUUCUUAUUUUAAUAUGCAUUGAUCA